UGAUGUAAUGCACCCCUUACCACGUAGCCCCUUUAGCGUUGAGGUCGAGGUUGCACGUCACUAGUACUCAAGCUGAAUAUUCUGUUGGACGAUACGAUACGUACGCGUGGUAUCCAUCCCGGAGGGUUGACCUCCGGUAAAAUUAUCACCGGUGGUUUCUUUUCCGUCUUGUGCUUCUCAACACUCGAUAUUGAAUAUUUUGCUCGCCGUCAACGUUUCAACGUUGUCUAUCACAUAUCCACUGAGACCUUGUCUAGCUUCGUACACUUUCAUGUCAAUGAAGCCCACAAUCCAUGAUACGUUCACAGCGAACGAGAAGUUGGAUGAUGUGGUAGAGCUAAAACAUACGCAGUCAUCUAAUUCCACAACACCUCAUUCAGAGUCUGACCCUCCGGAUGGCGGGUUUAGGGCAUGGGCGACUGUUUUUGGGUGUUUCCUCAUGCAAUUUUGUGGUUGUGGAUACAUAUCGUCUUUUGGAGUUUAUCAAGGUACGCAGCAGCUGUAUGGUCAAUUGUAUCCAAAGUUGACGAAUGUCCUCGAAAGAUUAUUACACGCGAAUUUAUAUGACCAAUCAAUCGCCGUCUGCAAUAUCAUAAGUGAAUGCCCUUUUAUUCGGGAGUUCUUGGUCUCAGUCAGUGUCAGAUGGAUUGGUGCAAUGACCAUGUUCUUGGCAAUCAUUGUCGCAUUGAUCUCAGGUCCACUGUAUGACCGAGGGUGGUUCUAUCGAUUGGUGAUUGUGGGGUCGCUGCUCCAAUCACUGUCCUUGUUCGCUUUAUCCUUCACGAAGCCUGGUCAGUUUUACUUUGCUUUUAUUUUUCAGGGCGUCCUUGCUGGGUUUGGAAUGGGCCCGACGGACGCUCCCACUAUGGCGAUUGUCUCUCAUCACUUCUCCAAAAAACGCACAAUGGUGAUGUCUCUCGUCGUAUCUGGUACAUCACUUGGUACUAUAAUCCAUCCGAUCAUGCUCAAUCACUUUUUGAAUGGCACUGUUGGCUUCGCAAGAGGCGUCCGCUUCAGUGCGGGAUUUGUCAGCGCUCUGUUAUUGAUCUCCUGUUUAUCCAUGCGUACAAGAGAACUGCCGGCACCGACUGGCAGCUAUACAGCAGUGGCCCGAAAAUGCUCCCGCGAGGUUCCCUUCAUCCUCAUGACCGUUGGGUCAACGCUAUUUCAGAUCAGGUCUUUCUUCCCUGUAUUUUACUUGCAAUUGGACUCUGUCAAACAUGAUAUCGACAUCAAUUUCUCCUUCUACUCCCUUGUGAUCAUGAAUGUAGCCUGUUUUAUCGGACGCUGUACGGCAGGGGUAAUUGCACGGUAUACGGGGGUGUUGAACUUUACGAUCGUAUCCGCGUUCGCAUGCAGUGCCCUCAUCAUAUCCAUGAUAGCUCUGAGUAACGUGGCAGGUGUGGUUAUGUUAGGACUUGCAUAUGGUUACUUUUCUGGAGUUUACAUGGCGCUACUGGUCCCGUUGGUGACUGUGUUGACGCCCGACUUGACUGAGCUAGGAAUGCGAAUAGGAAUAUGUUAUACUUUCAUUUCCUUUAGUGGAUUAAUCAGCGGCCCAAUCUCAGGCACUUUACUUUCUUCUCAAUAUAGGUGGUGGAUACCGUCGCUCUUCUGUGGGCUCAUCUCUCUUGCCGGAAGUUUAAUGUUUGUGAUAAUGCGCUUCAUGACAUACCGCUAUACCUCCAAGGAAUAAACGGAAGCUACGCGUAGCUGGCGGGGGACGCGUAAACCAAUUGUUCAGAGGUUCUGUCGAGGUCAGUCUGUACUCGUGCUGUAUCAUAUGAGACUUGGUGCAAUGAUGUGUAUGAU